AAUUAAAAAACAAAGGGAAGAACAAAAUGUUCGAUGAGAAAAAUAUCGUCUUCUUAGUCCCGAAGGAAAAGUCUCUCUCAGGUCGCCACAGCCGCCGCCUCUCGCCUGAAGAAUCUCAGUUUCUCUCUUAGACGCCCUGAUAUCACUUUCCAUCAUCAUCCCCUCCAAACCCUCUCUUUGAUCUUGUUGAAGUUUUGAUCUUCGCUCUCUCUCGCUCUCUCGGAAGUCCUUCGACUGUUUCUAGGGAUAAUCUUCAGGACUUCUUUUCUAUAGUUUCUUGUAAUCUGUUUCCUCCUACCACACCAAUGGCUACUCCUUUGGAUAUGUCAUUAGAGGAUGUGAUAAAGAAGAGUAACCGUGAGAAGCUUAGAGCACGAGGUAGGGCCCGUCGUGGUCGUGGAGCAGGUGGGUCUUUUAAUGGUGGAAGAGGAGUAGUGGUAGGAUCAGUUCGCAGGGGUCCUCUCGGCAUAAAUGCACGGGCAUCUGCUUACUCAAUUCGCAAGCCCCCACGCAGAAUGAAGAAUGUUCAAUGGCAGCAUGAUUUAUUCGAAGAUAGUCUUAGAGCUUCAGGGAUUUCUGGGAUUGAAAUUGGCACAAAGUUGUACGUUUCCAACUUGGAUUAUGGGGUGUCCAAAGAAGAUAUAAGGGAGUUAUUCUCUGAGAUUGGAGACCUGAAAAGAUUUGCAAUUCAUUAUGACAAAAAUGGUCGUCCAAGUGGCUCAGCAGAGGUGGUAUAUACUCGUCGAAGUGAUGCAUUUGCUGCUUUGAAGCGGUAUAACAAUGUGUUAUUGGAUGGGAGGCCAAUGAAGAUUGAAAUGCUUGGUGAUAAUGCUGAAAUGCCAGUUUCUGCACGUAUAAACGUUACUGGAGUGAAUGGAAGAAGCAGGAGGACAGUUGUUUUAACGCCUGAAUCUGGUCGUACUGCUAGCUCCAACGUGGUCAACCCUUUUCCUGGUCCAAGCCAUCGUGGAGGGCUGAGGAAUGGCCGUGGCCGUGGGCGAGGUGGCUGGAAUCGUGGACAAGGUGUAGGAGGAGGUGGAGGCGGCCGUGGCCGAGGGCGUGGUCGUGGCCGUGGCCAGGGAAGAAAGAAACCUGUGGAGAAGUCCUCAGAUGAACUUGACAAAGAGCUUGAAAACUACCAUGCAGAAGCCAUGCAAACCUGAGGAACCUUUGAAUAUGCAAAAAUCAAAGUAUGAUCUGAUUAACCACUUAUUGUUAGCUGUAAGAAUAUAUAUCGCAUUCUCGGGGUUGAUUAUUUAGUUUAUUUUAUUUUAUUUUUGCUCCAGUAGACUAGAUUUGUAUUUUGCCUGUUAAUGGAGAUGAUGCUGUUUGACCCUCUGUUAUCAAAACUUCUACCUUUUUUGUUGAUUCUGAACGAACCAAGCUUGGGAUCAUCGAUAUUGCAAAUAGGUAAAUUGCUUUAUGUAUAAAGGAUUAAGUUUAGUUGUCUUCACACAAUGUUAAGAUAUCCUGUAUUUAUAGGACCUAUUCUUCAAAACCUCGAGAUGUCUUUCUAUUCCC